AUGACAGAAAAUAUGAUAGAAUGGAAAUUCAACCCUCCCAAUUCUCCUCAUCAUGGUGGACUUUGGGAGUCAGCAAUAAAAAUAUUCAAAUCGCAAUUGUAUAAAGUAAUAAGAGCAAGAAUAUUUACUUUACAGCAAUUAACGCAGCUUGUCCCUCAAAUUGAAGCUGUGCUCAAUUCAAGACCUUUGGUACCCUUGUCCAGCGCUCCUGAGGAGUUUGACGUAUUGACGCCAGGUCAUUUUUUAAUAGGACGACCUCUAACAUCUUAUCCUGAUAACACACCUACAAAGCACUCUACAAAAAUUCUACAGGCGUAUGAGGCAAUACAGGAAGGAUUCAACAUAUUUUGGAAGAAAUGGCAAAGGGAGUAUCUCCAACACAUUCAAACAUUUUCCAAGUGGCACUCAAAGAACGAAUCUCCGAAAAUAGGAUCGUUAGUCGUAAUAAAGGAUAGACACUGUCCCCCGAUGUUUUGGAAACUAGCAAGAAUACAAAAACUUCACCCAGGAUCAGAUGGCAUCACAAGAGUAGUUACAUUGAAAACAGCAACAUCCACACUAGUGAGAGCCAUCACUGAA